ACAAGACUGCGCGUGAAUCGUUCUUGUUGAAGAUCGCAGUUCCUUUUUGUGUUUAUCAACUAGUGCUUAGCGCCUUUUGAGACAGUUGCAAGCAAAGGCUGUGUGUUUCCGUGGCUGUCUUGGCGAAGAGAGGGAGAGCGGAUGUUGUUAACGUAUUGAGCGGACAGGGAGCAAAAUCGAGACCUUCUCAAGCUUCAGGGACAGUUAUAGAGCGACGAACAACUUCUGCUUGCAGUGAAAAUCUUCCAGCAAGUUUCUACAGGCUCUAAUUUUUCGACAUUCUAACUGGAUCACAGCUUGUCAUUCAGGUUUAUUUGCGUCAUACCUGCUGAAACGACUUUGACUCAGAUUGUUUACCAGCGGUAUGCAGAGUGGAGAGAGCUAAUAUUAGUUCACUGAGAUAAACAAAUAUUUUAGCACUGGAAAAUAGUCGAAGUAAGUUCUUUGAUUGAAGGAGUCGAAGUACUAGCAAGGAACGCAUUUUUCUGACUAUUUCCAGUCGGACAAAGAAGGUAACGAGCAUGAUUUACAAGUGCGAACCGGAUUGUCCGAUUAAUUUCAAUAGAUUCGAUCAAGGAAACAUUGAAAGUGCAGAAGUAGGCUUGCUACGAGCGAGCUUGUCUACACUAGGAGAAGGAAUGGUGGGUGGUAUGUCAUUAAGGUCCAAGCGAGCAACUCUCGGUGGAGAGUCUCCAGCCACCCCAUGCGCAGGAACAGUAUCGCUGUUGACUAAUUCCUCUUUGAAGCCAGCAGCAACGAAUGGAACCUCGAUUUCCAUAAAAUCUACGGCUGUUGCCGUGCCGAAGAAGCAUGGACCUUAUGCUGACAAGGGUCAUUUGAUUACAUGGGUCGAUGCAAUGAGGUCGCAGUCACCACCACGAUUUCGCUCUCCACAUGAAGAGGCUCCUGAAGCUUUUGAGAUCAAGACAGCGGCGUACUCCGCGUGGCUCGACAAGCAUCCUUCAGCUUUGAGCUCGUUUGACAAAGUGGUAAAGCAUGCAAAGUCCAAGCAAAUAGUUGUAUUUCUCGACUAUGAUGGUACUCUAUCACCCAUCGUUGACAAUCCAGACCGGGCUUUAAUGUCUGACGAGAUGCGGGCCACAGUAAAGGAGUUGGCAACUUAUUUUCCAACAGCAAUUAUCAGUGGAAGAGCUCGCCCGAAGGUAUACGAUUUUGUGCAACUGUCGGAAUUGUACUACGCGGGAAGUCAUGGAAUGGAUAUAAUGGGUCCUGCGAAAAGUUCAAGUGGUUUUAAAGUCAACGGAACUCGAGUUAAAGACAAGAAGGGUAAUGAUGUUGUAUUCUUCCAGCCUGCAAGCGAAUACCUUCCAAUGAUGGACAAGGUUUGCAGUAUUUUGAACGAGACCACAAGAACCGUCAAGGGUGCUCGGGUUGAACACAACAAGUAUUGUGUGACGGUUCAUUUCCGUCUUGUGAAGGAAGAGCUUUGGGAGGGACUUGUGACAAAAGUUCAAAAUGUUUUGAAAGAGUACCCUAUGUUAAACCUCACGCAUGGCCGAAAGGUGUUGGAGGUACGCCCAUCCAUUGCAUGGGACAAAGGCAAAGCUGUAAACUAUCUUCUGAAUUCUCUUGGUUUUGCUGAUUCAAGUGAUGUUCUACCUGUGUAUAUUGGAGAUGAUCGAACAGAUGAGGAUGCCUUCAAGUUGCUGAAUGGUAUGAAGCACGGCUGUAGUAUUUUGGUUUCAUCCAUCCCUAAGUCAACGAAGGCCACUCUUUCGCUUCGAGAACCUUCAGAGGUUAUGGAAUUCCUGGGACGCCUAGUGAAUUGGAAAAAAUGGGGACCCGAGAAAUGGAAUGGCGUUCAAAAUGGUCGAUAUUUCAUGAACUAGAUUGUCGUGACAGUCGCCACCUGGACCAGAGCUACCUUUAUUUUGGUCACUUGACAUCAUUUGCCGGAGUCUAUCAAAUCAAUCUUGACAAAUUUUUUCUUUCCUUGUCAAGUUUUGGCUAUUUCUAUUCGAAGUCUACCACCACAUCCUCAGCAGUUGUAAAGAUGUUUAUUCAUCAAACGCAUUACUCAACAUCUAAUGAUGAGAUCACCAUUCAAACACGGGCAGAGGCAAUCAACUUUGGUUGCUCUUGUAUAUAAUUUCGGAGGUGAGGAUUGAUGCUGCAGUGACGAGUACACUCGAAGUGCUAAGUGGCGAUGUAGACCCUUUGUAGGCAAUUUUGUACAAUGUAGUGGACCUAGGUCUCAAUUUUGGGGAAAGAGUAGAUAUCUGUGGCAAGGGUAGAGAGAGUGGUCUCAUCUUCAGCCAGGCCGAACUUUUUGCUUUCUACUUCUUUUUUAUUUUUUUAUUUCCUUUACUUUCUUUCUGUACACAAUUUUAGCGACGCCUCUGGUAUUAUGUCCUUUCAUUCUGUCACUCUAAUUGAAACAACAGUGGUCACGGCUGUGGCAUCCUGAAGUUUCUACUAGCCCCUGGAGUUGAUUCUACAUAACCCUUUAGGCCACGUUUGAGGAUACUGUAUUACUUGGUUCAUACGUCAAUGAAAACACUAGUACAAGCCGGUAUCAUAUUCACUUUUC